AUGCUUACAGCACAUGGGAUUUCCAUGCAGUCUGCUAGCUUAGCUUGCAGGGAGAACUUCAGGCAGUACCUACAGAAGCCGGAUCUGAAGCAGGAGUUUGUAAGCGCGUGGCAGCGUGAUUAUAACAGCGUUCCUGACAACAUCAGAGAGGAUGAGGAGACCAAAGGAGAACUCCAUCAAAGACUAGAUGACUUGCGUGAGCGUCUUUGGGACAUCUGUGAUAAGCGCAAGGAAGAGGCGGAGCAGGAGAGAGCAGGUGUCAUUGAUGAUAGCUGGUUGGACGAUCACACAGCUGUACUGAUCAACCAUUAUUCUGCAUUAAUGCAGAUAGAAGUGGGUCACUUCCAAGACUCAUUGUGUCUUUUGAGAGAUUAUUACUCAGCGAUGUGUAAAACUGCGUUUCCUGAAUCUACACGUGGCUUCAGUCGUGUCCCAUUGAUCGACAUCACAGCAGAUGACCAUGUCGAGCUAGAGGAACCAAAAAUCCCUGCUCCCGUGCCGUCAGAGAGACUCGCAAAGAGUGCUGAGGAAAAAGACUCUGAAAUGGAGGACCAGAAGAAAACUAAAUUGUUUCCAUUGGUUUCCUGCAGAUCUCCCGCUUCUGAGCAGCUCAGACAGGUUCUGCACCAUCCUGAUGAGAAACUACUGCAGGAGUUCUUCCAGACAGCACUCAGCGCCAUCAGGAGCAUGGUGCUGGCAGAGACACAGCAGCGAGAAGAAGAGGAGGGUGAUGAAGAACAGAAGCAGAUGGAGGCACAGAGAGUGCAGACUUCAAACUCUGCUACGGACAAUAAGAAAGCUGGGAAAAAGAAAGGUGAAGAAAAGUGCUCAACCCCUCCACAGGAGCCCAGUCCUCAACCUGUGGUGGAGAGGAACCCUGAGGAGGUCAAGAGGAAAGCAGAGAGGAAGAGAAUCAAACAGGAAUUCACAGCUGCACUGAAACGUGAAGAACAUGCAGUGAAGCUGCGUCUGGAGCUGAUAAAGGCUCACGCGCUGAGAACGGUGAGCAGUUUGCAACAGAAAGCAGAGCAGGCCUACGGAAACAUGGAGGAGUGGCUGGGAACUCGCUUCCUGUCUGAGAUGAACAGUAUCGACCAGCUGUCAGAGUUGGUGCGGCAGCACAUUGAGAAUGGAGUUCAGAUCCAUCAUGAGCUGGUGCUGCAGAGCGCUGAUUUCUGUGUGGAUGGAGACACACUUGUCGUGGCGAGUCCGUCUCCCGCUCCACGCCGAUCCCUGCUGGAGCAGUCCAAAAACAGCACCCUGACUGUCCAACAGCUGCACAUCCUCUGCGCUCAGCUGCACAAGACUGCACCUACCGGUCUGAUGUGCAGUAAUGAGUUGACUGACGUUCUGCAUGAGUUAACCUCUCCUCACGUGGGUAGUGAUGUCCUGCCUGACCCCUGGAUGCAUAUCACCCCCUCACAGGUCGAUGAGCUGGUGUGUGUAUUAGCUCAGGACUCUGAGAUGUUUGACUGGCGUCAGUUUCUGCUCAGUGCGGCUCUGCCGUGGCCGUUUCUCUCUCAGACUCAGCUGUUAAAAACCCUCCAGUGCUACAGAGCUGUCGACACUGCAGGAACUGGACUCCUCACACAAGAACAAUAUGCACAGGUUGAAUUGUGGUUUCCCAGUGAAAGAGAUGAACCUCUGCCCUAUGACAGACUAGCCAAUCUUAAGAAGUUUUUCUUCAGUCUGUUUGCGAGCACACACUCAUCUCCGCUGAUGCUGGACUAUCUGAGCAUGCUGCUGUAUUUCUGCUGCCAUCCUGAACCGGCUCAGGGCUUCACCAGAGCUCUCAGCCUCGUGAUCGGACACACACUGCACUAUAAACACACCAGCCCCCUCACACAGUCUGUACCGUAUAUGGAGGGCGCUGGAGUAGAGGAGUGUGACGCUGAUGAAGACGAGGAGAGGGGGGUGGAGUCUGAUGAAGUGGGUGUGUCUGUGGAUGAUGUGCUCAGAGUUCUGGGUCAUGGAGAUGAUCGUGUCUCCUCACGUCUGAACCGCUUCCAGCCAAACCGCAGGAGCAGAGAUGAACUCAGAGAGGACAUUCACAAAAUUUUCCAGACCCAACAAACUGAAGAUCUUAGAAGCUUCUCAACAUGAUGAAUAAAAUCAGCACACACCAACAACAUUACAUGCAUUAUACAAGGUUCACAUUAAUGGAAUAAUAAACGUAAGUGGGACAAACAAACCAAGCUGUAUUCGUCAUAGAAAUAGUUUAAUUUAAUGUAAUGUACAUCUAAAUUGACCAUGAACGCAUGAACAACAGUGAUUUGCUGUAAACUGAAAAAUGUCAUUCUAAAUGUAUUUAUUUUGGUGAAGAUACAGAUUUGUGUAUUCUUGUCUCACAUUACAGUGAUUCUGUCAAAUCAGUUAAUUUGGUGUUAAUUUUGUGUGAUUCAAAGAUGAUUUGAUGUGGAAGCUUGAACAUGAUCCCUUACUGCAAAAGCAAAAUAUUAAGAUCAGUAACAUCAGCACAAAAAAAUUAAAAGUAAAAAUAACAAACAAUAUUUGUGAAUUAUUUGUGUUAAAUGAGUAUGUAUGUGAAUAUCUAUGAAUACACAAGUGUGAAUGAAAAUACAAUAAAGAAUGAUCUAUAACUGU